AUGUCACUUAACUUUCAAAUAGAUAAAGAGGAAGAUGCCAUUUUAGUAGAUGGAAUGUUAGAGUAUUGUAACGAUUUACACGUUCAACCUGAAGAUGUUGUUAUGCUGGUUAUUGCAUGGAAUCUUGAGGCUGAUAAAAUGUGUGAAUUUAAACGCCAAGGGUUUAUCAAUGGAUGGACAAAAUUAAGAGUUUGUCAAGGUAAAAAUAAAUAUCACGAAAAAAAAUAUAUCUUGUACUUAAAGAAAUUAAAUAAAUCCUCUAUUAUUAAUCGUGAUUUAGGAGAAGCAUGGCAAAUCGAUUUCCAAGGAUACAUGGAAUCUAGUAUGCUAUAA